CUUAACCAUAGCUACAAUUCAUUGUGAACCUACAUUGAAACUCUCCGAAUUCCAAAAUCAUAUGACGAGUUUCAACUCUUCUAGAAGAAUAAGUAUUCACAAUACAGUUAACAGUCAAAUCAAAGAAGAAAUCAUUUCAGCAUAACUAUUAUUUACUAACUUAUCAGUUCAUAUAAAUGAAAUAUAAUCUAUACUUUACUCAAUUAAUUUUUAUUUUACAGACUAUAAUUAUUGUUUUCAACAAAAUUUAUAUCAUAUUUGGCAAUGAAUCAAAAUCAAUGACGUCUGGUUUAUUUAAGACUAAUAAUGAAGUUAUUAAUAACAUAAGUUUAUCAUCAUCGUCACAGUAUCCCAGAUCUGAUUAUGCAAAAAUGCCUUCUAAUGAUAAUUUUAUAAAUUUUCGUCAAUCUCAACAAUCAUUGAAGAUGAAUACUAUGAAUAGUAAAUUAACCAAUUGUCAACUGCAAUUAGAAUGUUCUACUGAAAUGGAAAAUAUUGAUAAUAAACAAAUGCCAAUAAUGAAUUUUUCAACUACUCAUAUUACUGGUCGUAUACGUAUACCUGUUCGUAGUGGAAGGGGACCAGCUGGACCACCUGGUCCACAGGGACCUCCAGGACCACAGGGUGCAAGAGGAUUUCGAGGACCACCUGGUGAACCAGGUAGUUUACAAGAUAUCAACUUAACUAAAUUACAGCUGAGUAGAUUGAAUAAUCAGCUACAGACAGUACAGAAUAGAAUAGCAUUUUUUGCCGGUCUCGAAUUCAAUGUUGUUGAAAAACCAUUGGACGAAAAUCCUAAAUUGAUAAUGAACAAAGUUAUUACGAAUUUGGGCAAUGCAUACAAUCCAAUAACUGGGGAAUUUAUUGCACCAGUAAAUGGUAUUUAUAUUUUAUUUCUAGCCAUUUCAGCUCAAGGGAAAUCAAGAGCGGUUGUACGUCUAAUGCACAACGAAAAGCAAAUAUUUGAUGUUUGGUCUGAAAGCUCUCCAUGGGCAACAGCUACAAAUCAAGGGAUUCUACAAAUGUAUAAAGGUGAUCGUGCAUGGUUGGCCAUACGUGAUGGAGCUUAUUUUCUACAUGGUUAUAUGUAUUCAACAUUCUCUGGGUAUUUAUUGUUUGAUAUAAAUAAUAAUGAAACAAUUGACAUCCCAUAAUUUGUCUAAUUUUAUUAUUGACAUGAUUAAUACUAAUAAUAACCAGGAGAUUGAAUAUUCGCAUUUUCCAAAGUCCCACUGAACAAAUGUUAAGUUACUAUUUACAAUACUGUAUUCUAAAAGAGAAUUUAGGAAAAUAACUUAUAAACUACCGCUUCAGUCACUUGCUGAUGAACUUCGUGUUAUUUUACAAAACAUAUCUACACACCAAAAUAAUUC